AUGUCUUACCCUCCGGAAACCCCAACAUACAGUCAAAUCGCCUGUAUUGGCACAGGCCUAUCGGCGAUUGCCCUUGGUGCAACUCUGCAGAGAUGGUACAAGUUUGACGACAUCUGCUUCUUUGAUCGGCACUCGGAAAGUGGUGGGACAUGGCACAUCAACUCGUAUCCAGGCUGUGCGUGUGAUGUUCCCGGUGCUCUAUACAGUUACUCUUUCGAGUUGAACCCCAACUGGACCAAGGUGAUGCCGUCAAGGGAUGAAAUCAAGCAAUAUCAUCAUGACGUUCUGAACAAGUAUUGCUUGAGGGACAAAAUCAGACAUUCGGUGGAAGUCAUCAAGUGUAUAUGGAUGGAGGAAGCCGACCGAUGGGUUCUCUACAUGCGGGAUGUGAACACUACCGAACUCUAUACACAUGAAUGUCAGAUUCUCUUUGCUGCCACUGGCCGCCUGGUCGAACCUCGUCCUUGUGAGAUUGUUGGGGCGGAAACAUUCCAUGGUUCGAUCUUCCAUUCUGCGCGAUGGAAUCAUGGUGUCGAACUAGAGGGCAAGGACGUGAUUGUUAUAGGGAAUGGAUGUUCCGCUACACAAAUCGUCCCCGCCAUUGUAGGAAAAGUCAAGUCGUUGACCCAGAUCAUCCGAUCGCAACAAUGGGUUUUCCCGGCCGCAAACUUUGAAUAUGGACCGUUCCUUCAAUGGGCCUUUCGCCACGUUCCGUUCGCUAUGAGGCUGUAUCGUUUGCGACUUUUUAUUCGUGCUGAAAAGGACCUUCGCCUGUUUCCGAUGACUAAAGCUGCAGCAGAACUGAGACAGGAGUGUCGGAUUCAAGUGGAUGGUUACAUGCGGGCGGUUGCGCCUGGCAAAUACCAUGGUAUUCUCAUACCUGACUUUGAUGUUGGCUGCAAGCGGCGUGUAUUCGACUGUGGAUAUCUCCAGUCUUUAAACAACGACAAUGUCGCCCUGACCAAUGCGAAGAUCGAGCGAAUCCUCCCAGAGGGGAUAGAGACAGAUCAAGGACUCAUCCCAGCAGACGUGAUAGUCCUGGCAACUGGGUUUCGGACCAACCAAUUCGUCUCGUCUAUCGAUGUCAUUGGUCGCGAUGGAAGAACCCUCACCGAGCACUGGUCUCAAUAUGGAGGACCGGCGGCGUAUAACUGUUCCGCCGUCAACCGCUUUCCCAAUUUCUUUAUGCUGUCGGGUCCGAACGCAGCAACCGGCCAUACGUCUGCGUUGAUGGCAAUAGAGAACUCCGUGAAUUAUGCUCUCCGUAUCUUAAAACCCGUAUUGGAAGGCACAGUAUCUGCCGUGGAGAUCAAGGAGGAGGCCGAGCAGGUGUAUGUUCAUCAGGUGCAGGAGGCAUUAAGCAAGCAGGUCUGGAGCGUAGGCUGUGUGUCAUGGUAUAAGAAUGACAGAGGAUGGAACUCGAUGACUUAUCCAUGGACCCAAGGCCACUACUGGUGGCGCAGCCUCUUUCCCACUUGGUCGGAUUGGGACUUCAAGGUUAGUGCCUGCACAGAAAGAGAAUACCGUUCAACUGAUCAAUUAUUGAAGCGAGCGAAGGGUACGAAGAGGACACGGAUGUGGUUCAGGCCUCUUUCUAUUCUCCUGCUUGGAGGUGGUCUUUUGGGUGGUCUGAUGUAUGGUGCCACAUUCAAGAGAGUGCCUGAAAGCUACUUCAGUAUCUGCUCCACGAUAUCAUGCGAAAGUACCAACUCGUAUGGACGGCUGCUCAUGUUCUGA